AAAUUUUAGGCGGGAAUAAUUCUAAUGCAGUUGUAAGCUUAUGGUUAAAUAGAAGGGCUUGAUUUAGAAAUGGAAGGCUUUGACGAAGCAGGCGUAUUUUUCUCCGACAAUUUUGGGGGAGAAAAUCAACAAAAUGGAGCACAACUUAAUAUGCAAGCCGUCAAAAAGAAAUACAAAGAUUUUCUUCGCACAUUCAGUGAAGAUAACUUUUUCUACAAAUACAGAGAUACUUUAAAAAGAAAUUAUUUAAAUGGACGAUAUUUUCUGGAAGUUGAAUUAGAGGAUUUAGCUGGCUACGACGAAGUUUUGGCAGAUAAAUUGAGCAAACAACCAACGGAGCAUUUAGAAAUUUUUGAAGAAGCAGCAAGAGAAUUUGCAGAUGAGAUAACUUCUCCUAGACCGGAGCAGGAAGAGCAGUUACAUGAUAUUCAAAUUCUACUUAUGUCGAACGCAAACCCAACAAGUGUACGCGAUUUGAAAUCAGAUAACGUUUCGAAACUGGUGAAAAUAGCUGGGAUUAUUGUGUCGGCUUCAGGUAUCAAAGCCAAGGCUACUCGAAUGUCUAUUAUGUGCCAGUCUUGUAGUACAGUCAUACCAAAUUUGAAAGUAAAUCCAGGUUUAGAAGGACUUUCACUUCCCCGUAAGUGUACAUCUGAGCAGGCUGGACGCCCCCAAUGUCCAUUAGAUCCAUUCUUUAUAAUGCCAGACAAAUGCAAGUGUGUAGAUUUUCAACUGUUAAAGUUGCAGGAGUUACCUGACUUUGUGCCGCAAGGCGAAAUACCUCGUCACUUACAGUUGUUUUGCGAAAGAUCGUUAUGCGAACGUGUUGUACCAGGUAAUAGAGCUCUUAUACAGGGCAUUUAUUCUAUUAGAAGAGUUGGAAAGCCUUCUCGUCAAGAUGGUCGCGAGAAAGCCGUCGUGGGUGUUCGAGCGCCUUAUUUGCGCGUUAUAGGAAUAACAGUAGAUACAGAAGGCUCUGGAGCUAUAUCGCGUUACAGUAACGUUACCACAGAGGAAGAGGAAACGUUUCGUAGGAUGUCAGCGUCUCCUGAUAUAUAUGAUCGUUUAUCCAAAUCACUUGCUCCAAGUAUUUUUGGUUCAGAAGACAUAAAGAAGGCAAUAACUUGUAUGUUAUUCGGAGGAUCUAGGAAAAGGUUACCUGAUGGUUUGUGCAGGCGUGGAGACAUAAACGUUUUAUUAUUGGGAGAUCCGGGAACUGCAAAGUCUCAACUAUUGAAAUUUGUCGAAAAAGUUGCUCCUAUUGGGGUGUAUACCUCCGGCAAAGGAUCCAGUGCUGCCGGAUUGACAGCUUCUGUAAUGAAAGAUCCAGCCACGCGAAACUUUAUAAUGGAGGGCGGGGCUAUGGUGCUUGCUGAUGGUGGCGUUGUCUGUAUAGACGAGUUCGAUAAAAUGCGUGAAGAUGAUCGUGUCGCCAUACAUGAAGCUAUGGAACAGCAAACUAUUUCUAUUGCGAAAGCUGGCAUUACUACGACGCUAAAUUCUCGAUGUUCUGUAUUGGCAGCUGCUAACUCUAUAUUUGGUCGGUGGGACGAAACAAAAGGGGAAGAAAAUAUUGAUUUCAUGCCAACCAUUUUGUCUCGUUUUGAUAUGAUUUUCAUUGUAAAAGAUGUACAUAAUGAAUCUCGAGAUAUAACGAUGGCGAAACAUAUAAUUAAUGUUCAUUUGUCAUCUAACAAGAAUAUUCCGAUAGAACGUGCAGAGGGGGAAAUUUCGUUAGGAAUAUUUAAAAAAUAUAUUCAUUAUUGUCGUACACAUUGUGGACCCCGAUUGAGUGAAGAAGCUGGUGAAAAGCUCAAGAGCCGGUAUGUUCUAAUGCGUAGUGGAGCCGGUCAACAAGAAAAAAGUAGUGAUAAACGUCUGAGUAUACCAAUCACUGUACGUCAAUUAGAAGCAAUUAUUCGGAUAUCAGAAUCUUUAGCCAAAAUGCGACUACUUCCCUUUGCGACGGAUGAGCACGUAAAUGAGGCAUUACGAUUAUUCCAAGUGUCUACACUAGAUGCUGCAAUGACCGGCAGUUUGGCUGGAGUAGAAGGAUUUGCCACAGAAGAAGAUCAGGAAAUAUUAAACCGUAUAGAAAAGCAAUUAAAACGUCGGUUUGCUAUUGGUUCACAAGUUUCUGAGCAAAACGUGAUUCAGGACUUUCUUCGCCAAAAGUACGACGAACGUGCUAUUUUUAAAGUAAUCCACACAAUGAUUCGUCGAGGAGAGCUACAACAUCGCAUGCAGCGUAAAAUGUUAUACCGUCUAUGCUAAUUAUUUUUUAAUAAUUUGAUAGUCUGUUAAAGGAUAAAAUGUAUACAUUUCAUUUUUUACUUAAACUACAA